AUGGUGCAUGUGGGAAGCAAGAGCAGGUCUCAAUGGUUGCUUAAGCUGAAAGACCGCCAUCGGAUUGCCAGCCAAAUCCGUGAUCUCAAAGCAAGAGUUGAAGAAGUCAGCAAUAGGAACACACGCUAUAACUUGAUCACCGCUGAUGCCUCCAGCAGCGUUGAUGAGGUGAAUUCCUACACGGAAGAUAUUUGCAGCUACUCAGCUAGCAACAUUGAUGAGGCAGAGCUUGUGGGCUUUGCUAAGGCUAAACAAGAGUUGAUUGAGAUGGUGGAUGUCAACUCCAUAGAUGGUCUUUGCAAGGUGAUAUGUGUUGUUGGCAUGGGCGGUUUAGGCAAGACUACUUUUGCAAGGAAGGCUUAUGAAAGUAAGGAAGACAUCGUGAAUAAAUUUUCUUGUUGUGCAUGGGUCACCGUCUCACAGUCCUUUUCCAAGAUAGAUAUGCUCAAGGACAUGAUUAGGCAACUUUUGGGUACCAGCUCGCUGAGGAAAUGCUUGGAAGAUCUUGAAGGGAAGGAAGUGCGAAUAGAAAACCUUUCUGAGUAUCUCACAAAGGAGUUAGUGGAUAUGAGGUUCUUUGUUCUUCUUGAUGACUUGUGGACCAUAGAUGCAUGCAAGUGGAUCCAAGAUAUUGCUUUUCCUAGUAGAAACAACAAAGGCAGCCGAAUAAUAGUAACAACGCGAGAUGCUGGCUUGGCUGAGCAAUGCACUUCUGAUUCUCUUAUGAUGUCACAACAGAUCGCCACCAGCUUGAUUGAGAACCCAGACAUCUUCUGA